GUACGUCAGUGGCUCGUCAGCUGCCAAGGUGUAUAGUGGUCGUACGUAGUUCUUGGUAUCCAUUCAUUAACAUACAGGUUUUACCUAUGUAGUUGAACGUCAUUAUCUGACUGAUGCUUAAACAUUGAGUUGAAGGAUAAAACGAUGGAAGUACCUCACUUCCUGUUUCUACUGAUCAUUGCUGGAACUUGCCGCGCCUACUCUCUGUGGUGCUACUCAUGCAGCGUCAAGGACCAAUGCUUCAGUUUUGAUCUUCGUGACGCGACGCGCUGGACGGAAUGCGACCCCGGCACUACGCACUGUAUCAUGGAGCGCACAGUGAGCGCCGUGACAGGCGCCGUUGUGGAGAACAGGAUGUGCGGUGGUCAGAUUUACGUGGCCAAGAACCAGCCCCUUGCUGACGGCUGCUACGCCAUCACUAGACAAGAAGAUUCCCGCAUCAACACAACUCGCUGUUAUUGCUCCACUGAUUAUUGCAACGACGGCUCGGUGCCGUACACUCAUCAUGCGGUGGUCGCGUUCGCUGUCGCGGCCAGCAUCGUGGGUCACCUCGUUACCGCCUAGGGAACGAUCGAUCAAAAAUACUUGGUUGUUUUAUUCAAGUAAGGAGCUAUGACUCGUGACGGCAUUGAAGGACAUCUAAAUUUUCGUACCCAAGUAUUCAUGAAAUUUAAUUUUAUUAACUUUAAUCCAUUUAUCACUGAGCACCCUCUUGCAUCUUUGCUUCCUUAUGCUGCCGAUAUACCUCAGUAUUACUCAUUACCUUUCGAUCGGGCCCGCAUACGGUAAAUGUGAAUUAUGAUCGUGUGCAUGGACGAACCUGAUUUUUUGCACUAGUGAAUGUUUCAACUGAACUAGUCGCAGGUUCUGUAAUGUUAUGGCCUAAAUGUUGUGAGUCUAUGAAAAUUUUUUAUUAGGAAUUCAUCUACAGGAAAUGCUCAUUGGAAAAGGUUAUUGUCAAUCACUCUUCCUUGUGAAUAAUUUUUCAGUUCUUUAUGCAUUGUGUUUCUUAUUAUAAGAAUGUAAUUACAUACCUGAUGACACUCUUUUUGGGGCAUCCACCGUUGUCUGCCCAAGCUGACGGCGGUAAUUAUACAAUAUCUUACAUAAUCCUUUCCAGUAAUUGAUUUGUGCCACUAUGAAUAGUGACUGAAUCCUGCUCUUUUGUUCCGCAUUAACUGAUCUUAGAUUACUCAUCGUAACCGCAAUAUUUUUAUCCACAAUAUUUCAUGAUGAUCGAGUUUUAAUUGUAGUUCAACCGUAGUUUUUCUGCUAAUUAGGUACGUCGAUCUGAUUGACUGGGCGCAUUUGAAAGAAUAUAAUGUUGAUGUUACAAGCCACCCUCAAAGUUUUCUUAUUGUAGAAGGGUCGGCAGUUUAUUUGUACUUUAGCAAAGUGCCCGUCCAUGUGAUAUUAAUGUAACGCGAUAUUAUUUACUUCAAAAAAAGAGUACUAACAAUAAUGGGUUUCAAUUUCUUUUAGAUGGAAAUCUGAACAUUGGGUUGACAGUUAAAGUAGAAACGGCCGUAAAAUGUUUUCCUCAGAAUUCAAAAUGAUGACGAGACAAACAAAUGAGCCGAGGAAACGUUCAAAUGAAAAAAUGCUUGCCCAAGUUCACUUGUAAGCUUGCCAAUCUAUUGUGAAUGCAAGUAACUCACUGCCAUAUUUCCCAUUUGGAGGUAAUGACAAAUCCAUUCGUAUAUAUCAAAUUUAAAGUUAACAGCAGGCAUACGAGACAACAUCAUUUGUUUAUAAAAGUAGUGUCACAAACCGCUGUAAAAUGACGGUCUGCAACCAGAGGCCUCACACGACAAAUGUUGACUAUGUUAUUAACUGUACAAGGAACCUGAUGAACACGUUCUGCUAUAGAGAACCACUAACGCCAGCUUAUUCUAAUCAUGAUUAAAAACUCGCAAUAAGGAUAACACACGGAGCAACUUGUGGCAGCCAUAAGUGCCGCCUCUACUACCGGCAAGUUAGCUCAGGCAUGAGGCCAGAAAUGACACCAGAUGUAGUGUCUGCAACAAGUUACCCUCUUUACGCUCACGUUCGAGAAUCUGUUACUUUAUAUUACAGUUGAGUUACAAAUGUCAAUCGUGAAGACUGA